AUGUCAUCCUUUCGGCUCAAAACCAAGGUUUGAAUCAUCGCGGCUUCAAUACGGCCACGAUAAGAAUGAGUUUGGUCAUUCUCACGGUUCAGAACACCGCGUCUCCCAUUCGAUCCUCUAUGGCUCUCACGGUUUUGGUUCGGACAAGACAGGAUUCCACAGUCCCGGCCUCCCAGCAGAAAAAUCAACGUGACCAUCUAUUGGUAUGCGCUUUCCUUAGAACUUAAAAAAAUUGAAUUCUCAUUGAUACGAUCGCUAAAAAAAUUAUUUUAAAUUGAGAGAACGUCGUCUAACUUUUUUUGUAAAUCUUAAAAUUAAUAAUUAAAAAAAUUUCGAAGACAAAAAGUUCUAAGUCUGCAAUCUUUCUUUUAAAAAAAUUGAAUGUAAAAAGCGUCCCAAUGGAAGAUCAAGUGAUAGCUAAACAGAAAAUGUUGCUUGGAAAUCAAAAAAAAAAUGACAAAAUUUGCGUCUUUAAAAAAUAGCUCCCAGCAAGAGAAUCGUACAAAAAGAUUUGUUGUUUAUUCAUUGAAAGCACUUUAGCCUUCAAAAACGAGUUUUUGAUGAAUUUUAGAAAACCCAACAUAUUUUUCAUGAAACUGAGUUAUUUUGAUGCUCGGUGUUGAAUUAGUUUUUUUUCUCUUAUUCAAAAAGCCUUGAGGAACUUGUGAAUUAAAAUUUAAACUAAAAGAAAAACAAGCCGAUGCUUUUCUUCGUAAUUCAAUCUGCCUCGUAAAAAUCAAGUUUGAAGGCAAGAGGUAUCGAGAGUGAUCUUUUCCCUGUACUUUACCGAGAAAAACUACCUUGCAGCUUCCGUCAAACAAUGCGGUUCCGUAUUCCAAUGAAACAAUGCCAAACUACCAGACUCUGCUCAGAGCAGUUCAUGAGAUGGCCAAGAAUGAUGUCGUCAGGCGGGAGCUCAAACUCCAAAACUUCGAUCUUUUUGGUCCUCUGUUCGAAAAUCGUUUUGUAAAGGUGGGUUUUCAGUACAAACGUUAUGAAAAGAUUUCAAAUAAGCAAAUUAGAACUUGUCUUUACAGAACCCUGAGAGACAGUGA